AUGUCAGAAGAACCGCAGUCGCUUCGCACAGUAUGGCAGACGGCCGAGGACAAGCGUAGACAGAUCGAGAGCUCAUGGGACACGAAUUCGGCCGCUCACCAAGCGCUGGUUAACGCUGCCAUCGCCAGCUAUGAGCAGUGUCUGCGCAUCCAGGAUCAAAUCGCCCUCUUCAGUCCCAACGAGUCUCUGGAAGACAUUGCCACCAAUGACCUGCAUCAUCUCCUCGCUCAGUACCGCCUCGCCGACCUGGUCCAGCGCUUGUCAUCCCCGGACCGCAAAGCCCUUCUGCGUCGCGCUCAAGACUCGUACGAGAAGUUCCUACGCCAGCUCGACCUGUACGACAUUCUGUCCUCUUCCGACCUAAGACUACUCGAGCAAUACCGUGAAGACCCUUCCACCUUUUCCACAGCCUCGACCUCAGAUCCUGCCGCUCGCCGAGAGAGAAAGAUUCUACGUUUCAAACAAGAGAAGGACCUUAAGCAAAAACUACAACAUUUGCAACAAAAUCCUGCUGCUCUACAGAAUGACGACGACAUGCACCGUCGCUUGCAAUUGACCCAAAUCGAGUUCUGUGUGCACCAAACCUUCCAGUCUCUUGAAUCCAUAGCCCAGGAGCUUCACAUCCUCUCAAGGGCUCCUCCACCCACACCGCUAGGCCAACAGUCUGCGCCUUCCGACCUCAGAGAGCGCCACAAGUCCAACGAUGGCUACUCGGAGAGACUGGACGGUCCUAUGUCUGCUGGCCUGUCAGGUCCUAUGCUAAGCAAAGAUGGCAAACCGCUCCGCCCAUUCACCCUUCUCAAUACUCGCCAGACAAUGCAGGCUGGCGUCUUUCGUCCUGACCAUAGCCUGCCUACCAUGACUAUCGACGAGUACCUCGAGGAGGAGAAGCGUCGUGGUGGCAUGAUAGAAGGUGGAGGCGCACAGUCUGGCAUUCCACCAGAGGUUGACGAGGACGACUUGGAAAAGGCAGAUGAAGAGACUAUGAAAGCCAGAGCUUGGGACGAGUAUGUCGAAAACAAUCCCAAGGGUGCUGGCAACACCUUGAACAGGGGUUGA